CAGCUGAAAAACGCAACAGGCUCGGCUGCGCAGCCGUAGGUGUCCUCGCUGCCUGGUUGUUACAGGUGUCAACAGGUGGUUGAAACUUGAACCAAACUACACCAAACCCGGGAGAGAGUAGCGCUCCGCUKUUCCAAUGCUGGCCAACUGCUAAGCGUUAGUUUAGUUUUUUAAGUCAUUCGCGUGGCUCGGUGUCGUCGCCGGCUGACCAAUGCUUCUUCAUCAGUACAUGAACGGAUCCCUGGACGUCAUGCCUCCCACGCCGCUUCAGAAGGACACCACUUUUACCAAGAUCUUUGUCGGCGGGCUGCCUUACCACACGAACGACGCCUCGCUGAGAAAAUACUUCGAAGCUUUCGGGGACAUCGACGAGGCGGUGGUGAUAACAGACAGACAGACCGGGAAAUCCCGGGGAUACGGCUUUGUGACGAUGACGGACCGAGGAGCUGCAGAGAGGGCCUGCAAGGAYCCCAACCCCAUCAUCGACGGCAGAAAGGCCAACGUCAACCUGGCUUACCUGGGGGCCAAGCCUCGCAGCAUGCAGACAGGCAUAUCCAUCGGAGUGCAGCCCAUUCACCCAGCACUCAUCCAGAGGCAGUAUGGGUUGGCCCAGCAGUACGUGUACCCCCAGGCGUUCGUGCAGCCCAGCCUGGURCUGCCCACUCAGGUGUCGGCGUCGGUCAGCGCCGGCCCGUACCUGGACUACAGCGCCGCCUACGCGCAGUACGCCCACGCCGCCUUCGAGCAGCAGUACCCGUACGCCGCCUCCCCGGCCAGCUUCCUGAACUACAGCUACGCCACCAGCCCCGCCGCCGCCACGGCCGGCCCGGCCGUCGCCGCCACGGCCCCCGCCACCGUGCACCCCACCCUCCCCUCUGCCACCGGCCAGGCCCCGGCCUUUCUGCACUACGCCCCCCAGCAGCACAUCCAGCCCGAGCGCAUUUAGUGAGGCGGCGGUGGCGGCGGGGGGGACGCAGACAGAGGAGGAGUUCAGGGAGUAAUGAUUGCAGACUUUUGGACAGAAGAUGGUGAAACUCCCUGCAAAGUUACACUGCUGUUAUCAGCAGCAGAUUUCAGGGAAAAAAAGGUGGGGGGAGGGGCAUUAUUGCACUAUACAUCAGUGUGGGCUGUUUGCUCAGUGGAAAACGGGGUGGGAGGACUGUUGGGAAGCCAAACAGCGUACAGUAUGCAGUCGCUUCCAAGGGCUUCCAGAAGAUGACACUUCACUUUUUUAUUAUCAAUAUUUUUAAUUUUAUUAUUGUAUUAAUGUCCUUGUCAUUGUUUGUCAUGCAGUUAUUAUCUAUGUUAGCAUGUUUUCAGCUCAGUCAGAGGAAGUUACGCAUGUCCAUGGUACAUAACUGUCCUCCCAGUCUGAGGGGUCUGGACUGGAUCUGAUGGACCCUGAUGUUUUUACACACGGGUGGGGCUGGGUGGAUCAUCAGUUGUAGUAGUUUGGAUGGUGUCUGUGGAGGAAAUCAGCAGGAUCCCCAGUACAUCUGUUUGUCUCCACGAUGAGCUCUGCCUCRAAAAGAAAUCCUAACUCCACCCAGGAAUACGAGGAGGAACUCCACCUAAAGGACAAAACUAAAUAUUUUUCAUAAAAGACUGUUGGAGUUCAAGGACUGCACACUCUUUUUUUUUUUUUUUUUUUUUUUUAAUAUUUGUAAAACGAGGCCUUAAAGUAGGGUACAGAAAGCUUUAAGUUCACAUGGAUGAUCAGAAGCAGUAUGUGGGGAAACAUGGGAACCAGGAGCUUUGUACAUCGAUGUUUGAAAGGUUUCUGACACUGAGCUCAACACCAGUGUUUUAAAUUUUUUUGUUUUUGUUUUUCACUGAGAUUGUCAAAAACUGUUGCCCUCAAAAGAACAUCUGUGUACAGCUCCUUGAGAUGUCGAAGUACAUUUUCAAUAUUUAUAUGUAGGUAUUUAUAAAAGGUACUAAGUUAAAAUGGCUUUUGUUGUUUUCUUGACUUGUCAUGGCAGUGACGUCUUUUAACUUGCAGAGUCAAAGCUGCAUACACUUUUUUUUAUCUCUUCCCACCAGUCAGUGGAUUUUGUUGAUAUGAUCGUUGACAUAUCUUUGACUGGGUUUGUUUAAUUUUUUUUUCUUCAUUAAAAUGUCUUUUACAGUCUAUUCAAACAAUCCAUACAAAUAAAAAUUUGUACAUAAAGCCA